ACAGCUCUGGACCCAGUGAAAAGAAGAAGCUCCCCAGUAAGCAGAGCAAGAGAGGAGCCAGUGGGCAAUGAAAGCAAUUGUCUUCUGAAUUAGGGUCCAACUUGUGCACAAAUGACAGUAUGAUCAUGAAAGACAUCUUCACCCUUCUGCUGAACCUGUAUUUGGUCUUCAGUAUCCAAGCUGUUCGAGAGAGCAUCCCUAUCAACAGCUUGAGCUGCUACAAUGAUUACAACUCACAGGUGACCUGCACGUGGAUGGAGCGUUCAGAGGCUCAUGCCCUCAUUGGUAUGAAUCUUUACAAAAGGGAUAACAAUGACACGAAGGACAAGAGGGUGCUUUGCAAACGCCAGACAGAAGAUGACUUACAUGAAGCUCCAGACGCCUAUGUGCACUGGGUUUGUCCCUACACUACAGAAUAUUUUGGAAUAGGGAUAGUUGAUAUUUACAGCUUCAAACCUAACGAGCUGCUUCAAGCAGAACUAAAUGUUGAUCUUCUUCAAAAUGUUCAGCCCCUCCCACCUCAAAGCCUCUCAGUCAGCUCGAUGACAUCAGGAGACUUCUUGCUGACCUGGAAAGCAGCAGAUGGAAGCCAAGGGCUGGGCAAUGCACUGGAGUACGAAGUCACUUACAAGCAGGAGUGGGAGUCCUGGGAGAAAGCUGUCUCGCUCUUGCUCUCCAACAUCACACGUUGCCAUCUCAGCUGUAAGGACCUUGUCCCGGGGAGCAGCUACGUUGCCCGUGUGCGAGCCAGACUGGGGCAGGCCAGUGGCUUCUCAGGGCAGUACAGCGAGUGGAGCACGGCAGUGUCAUGGGAGACCCCUGAAGGUGGCAUUCAGCCCAGGAACCUCCGCUGCCUCUUCAACGGUGCAGAUCGUCUGACGUGCAGCUGGGAAGUGAAGAAAGCGAUCACCACCUCUGUCCUCUUUGGCUUGUUCUUCAGGACCCCUCUAGAAUCAGUAGAAAAGGAGUGCUCUCCUGUGCACGAGACAGCUUUGCCCCACAUCCCCUACGUGGUCCAGAGCUGUGAGAUCCCUGUUAGCAACUCCAGCAGUCAGAGGCAGUACUAUGUGUUUGUCCGGACCAAGACAGAGGAGAAACAGUUUGAAGCCUACAAGACAAUUAAGGUGCUGCCGCCUGCAAAUGUGUCAGUAACAGUGACAGAGAGCCAAGAAUAUGAACUGAACUGGAUAAAACACUCUAUGAGGUAUAGCUUCAUAAAACAGAGGUACCAAGUUGAGUACUGGAAAAAGGGCCAAUACGAAAAGACUCUCCAGAAGUUAAAUAUCGACAAUGAUGAACCUCCCUUCAUCUUCACCCUGCAGAUGCUGGCAUCUUCUACAGAAUACAGGGGGAAAAUGCGUGCAAGGGUGAAUUCGCCCCAGGAUUAUGAGGGGCCUUGGAGUGAAUGGAGCGAGGAGUUCGCCUGGAAGACUGAGAGUGCUCUGCCACCAGUCGUUCUCCCGGUGAUGCUCCCAGGUCUCAUCAUCACUUUCCUAAUAGUUGCUUAUUGCAGCUAUAAGUAUUUCCUCAGGAAGAAGCAAAUGUGGGAGGAAAAGAUUCCAAAUCCCAGCAAGAGCCUCCUGAUCCAGAGCUACCUGGGGGAAGCUGUCAGCCAACGGCUAGCCAUCCAGGUGGCCUUCAAUGGGCAAGAGGUGCAGCAGAUUAACUGCCUUGAAGUGCUGGAUGGGAUGACUAAGUGUCCAACAGAGUUGCAUGGAGCUGAGGCAAAGACAGUGCAGUUUUCCCAUGCUACAUUGGCUCCACAAAACUCCUCUCAGCCUUCUGGAGUCCCAUAUAAAGCCUCACUUUCAUUGUCCACACUUGUCUGCCCUUCGAAUCAGACUGCUGGUCAGGCCUGCCUGUUUGUCAGGCUUUCAUGCAAGAAUGCUGCUCAUGCAAGUGCUGCUUCUCAGACUUGCUUUGCUUUCAAUGGUCCAUACUUGUACAGCCCAGUGAUGUCCUCCCUGCCUGAUAUGCAUCAGACCCUGGAAGUGGACCCAGUGGGAGUCCGUGAGAAAUCUGUUUCUCUUCAGUAUGUGACCCUCCCAAAGGAAGACUGUCCCCAGGCUCCACACAGGCAAGAACAGGCAGGAGAAGGUCCUCCACAGCCCUUCCUGCUCCCAGAUCAGGAUGAAAUGAUGCAGCACCCCAACAACAAGAAGGAAGUCUCACCGGCCCCGCCAGCCUCUGGGAAAGGCACAAAUGUGAGAACAGAAGAGCAGAAAUCUCCAAAGGAUCUUAGCUGUAUCACGUCUCCUCAGCAGUGCCCCUUGGAGUACAUUACCACAGAGAGCCUGUUACUGCCACCAGCCAGCGACUCCACCCAUCCGCCACCUGCCACUGCCGCGGAGUUACCCUGGGAUUCACAGGAGCCCCAGCCCUGCAAUGACCGCUCUUGCCAGGAGUUUUCUCCUGGGAACACUGGUGUCAUGGUCCCAGUUUCCGGUCAGGCACCAACCUCUUCUCCUGAGUUGCACCUGGACACAUUUGGAGACUCUUCAGGUCCCCAUGGACAUUCAGAACCCACAAAAAUGUCCUUAUAUAUUUUUUGAAAACGAGUAUAUUUUUCCCAGAGAACUAUGUAAUGUAUCGCUGAAGUAUUUCAUCCUGGCAGCACCACAACUGUUUUCCUCCACUAUGGGCAAUUGCUACCCUGUCCCCAACCCAAAACCCAGUAAGAAGAUGCAGAUGAGUCAGAAAGAUCCCCAAGUGUAUUUGGUUUACGUGGCAGGGUUUUGGUAGAGGGGGCCCACAGGGGUGGCUUCUGUGAGAAGCCACUAGAAGCUUCCCCUGUGUCUGACAGAGCCAAUGCCAGAUGGCUCCAAGAUGGACCCGCUACUGGCCAAGGCCAAGCCCAAGCCCAUCAGCAAUGUUGGUAGCACCUCUGUGAUAACAUAUUUGAGAAGGGGUCAAAACCGCUACGCAACAGCUACUGAGAGAGAGAAGUGAUAAUACGUGAGAGAAAGAACUCUGCAGACCCCAAGGUCAGUGAAGAAGUAGGGGGAGGAAGUGCUCCAGGCUCCAGGGAAGAGAUUCCCCUGCAGCUCAUGGUGAAGACCAUGGUGAGGCAGGCUGUCCCCCUGCAGCCCAUGGAGUUCCACGGUGGAGCAGAUGUCCACCUGCAGCCUGUGGAGGACCCCACGAUGGAGUGGGUGGAUGUGCCCCAGAGGAGGCUGUGACCCCAUGGGAAGCCCGUGCUGGAGCAGGCUUAUGGCAGGAUCUGUGGCCCCAUGGAUAGAGGGGCCCAUGCUGGAGCAGGGAUGCUGGUAGGUUUGGGGACCCAUGGUGGAGCAGUCUGUUCCUGAAGGACUGCACCCUGUGGAAAGGAUCCACAUUGGAGCAGUUUGUGAAGAACCAUAGCCUGUGGGAAGAUCCACGCUGGAAAAGUUUGUGGAGGACUGUCUCUCAUGGGAAGGACCCCACACUGGAGCAGGGGAAGAGUGUGAGGAGUCCUCCUCCUGAGGAGGAAGGAGCAGCAGAGACAACGUGAUGAACUGACCACAACUCCCAUUCCCCUGUGUCACUGGGAGGGAAGAGGCAGAGAAACUGGGAGUGAAGUUGAGCCUG